AUGAGUGUUACUAUGAGUUAUAAUAAUCACCAGAAUCAAAAGUACCAUCCAUACUCGUUCCGGCCAGACCAAAAUCGACAUGGAUACUAUCGCAUAAAUCAGAUUCCAAUACUGCACCAGCAGCCUCCAACAACACAAACUACGAUUCCACCACCUCAAAUACCUGGUAUCCAAAGUACAAUACAGACUACGUUACCUCAAGCACAACCACAUCCACACUUACAGGCCCCCAUUCAACAACCACAAGUUUACUACCAACCUUAUCCUCCCCAACAAUACUACACAUACGUCCAAACUCAAGGAGAAAAUUCUUUACCCUCCAACAAACGCAGAAAGACCAAGCAUUUUUCGACGUGGACGCCCGCAGAAGAUAAGCUUUUGCGAGAAUUGAAGGAGGAACAAAAGAUGGGCUGGAAGCAAAUUCUGACCUACUUGAACGAUAGAACUCCCAACGCAUGCCAGUUUCGCUGGAGAAGAGUUGUAGGCAGCAUAAAUGUAUCGAAUACUUCAGUUGCUACAUUGCCUCCUUCUUCACCUGCAGCCUCAUCGUCGAGAUCGCACUCAUUAACGCACAUCGACACCCUUAGUUCUCCCAUGACUUCGCCAAAACAACCUAACCCUAGUAUUGCAGAGUCAGCUGAAUCAGAGUCCAGGGAACACAUGCAAAUUGCAGAUACUACAUCCGACACAAGCAAUUCGUCUGAUAUAACUGAAAGACGUAAAUCCUCGCAUCACUCGAUAAACUUCUUAUUAAAUUAA